CUAACACCACUCCAAAAAAAACAAAAAAAAAACAAAAAUAAAAACCUAGGGUUUGUGAGGUUAGGGUUUCGCGAAUCAUGUCUACGCAGCAGCAGCAGCAACAACAGAGCGGCAGCGGAUCGACGGCGAAGAGGAAACCGGUGUUCGAGAAAGUAGAUGAGCUGAAGCCCGGCACCAAGGGCCAUACGCUCACCGCGAAGGUCGUCAGCUCGAAAACAGUGCUUCAAAAGGGACGCGCUGCGUCUCCUCACCUUCGCGAGACCAAGAUCGCCGAGUGCUUGAUCGGUGACGAGACCGCCUCCAUCGUUUUCACCGCUCGAAACGAGCAAGUUGAUAUGAUGAAACCUGGCGCCACCGUUAUCAUUCGUAACGCAAAGAUUGAUAUGUUCAAGGGAUCUAUGAGGCUAGUUGUUGACAAGUGGGGUCGCGUCGAGGUUACUGAGCCCGCUGACUUUCCAGUUAAGGAGGACAACAAUUUAUCACUUAUAGAAUAUGAGCUGGUGAAUGUCCCCGAGGAGUGAAUUACUUUUGUUUGCUGACUAUCAUGGUUAGUUUCAGUUAAUUAUUGUUUUUCUUAUUAAAAUAGGUACAUGUUUCUCUAAAAUUGACAACUUUGUUGUUACAUAAGGUCUAAUUGAAGGUUAUCAUGUUCUUGUUAACAAUUCGAUCUUUGACUUGGUGUUUAGUAAUGGCAAAUGUGGAUUAUAAAUUGGUCUGGUAUCAAUUUCUACAGGUUUCUUC